AUGGCGGGUGGUAGCUCGACCACUCGACGUGAGGUUCGCGCUUGUGAACGAUGUCGGACGUUGAAAGUCGGCUGUGACAAGGCGAAACCAGCAUGCCGCAGGUGCGUCAAGGCCGGUGUACGCUGCGUGGUACGCCACAUUGAAAGCAACGGGAUCGAUAGAGCAUCUACAAAUGGUGACACGAGUAUUCGAGCGGAGGCUCUGGAUGAUUCUCUGCGGAACAGAGAUGAGGUCCGUCUGACCCGAUGUCUUCUGCUGCCGUCCACUCACGCAGCGAGAAUCUUCUGCGGACAACUCGAGCGCUACCGCUCGCUGUGCUGCAUGGAGCGGCCGGUUCCGGACUGGCACUCACUGGAUAAACUUAGUCAGGGAGAUCUUCCAUGGGGACUGAAGAAGGUGGAAUCGAGAAGUGCAUUGCUAGAGCGCAUGCCGACUCGAGUGGUUGGAGAAAAGUUGAUUUCCAUGUAUAUCGACGUUGUUGAGAAGACGCACCAUUUUCUGGACCUUCCAGGAUUCCAGCAACAAUUACUGCACUUCUGGGACCACCCUACGGAAGCCGAAGAUAGCUGGCUCGCCUUGCUUUUUGUCAUUUUCUUCCUCGGCCAAGAAGCUCAUCGCACCGUCGCUUGUGGCUCGACUGACUUACUCCUAGGCGUAUCUCGGACUGAGUUCUUAGAAGCAUCUCAGGGUUUUCUCCAUCGCACCUCGUUCGUUGCACACCCGAAUCUCGAUAUCAUUCGCACUCUAUGUCUCAUGGUCAUUGCGAAGCAGAUGGUGCAAAUGUCUUGCUCCGCGAUGGAUACUUCGUGGUGCCUAACGGGAUUGAUCUUGCGCAUUGCCAUGAACAUGGGACUGCACUCGGCACGAGUGGAUGACCCCCGGUUGGAAAAGGGAGAGCAACAGACACUUAGCAUUCUCUGGACGUCGAUCAUGUACCUCAACCUGCGUCAGGCGGUCCUGACGGGAAUGCCAAUCCUGCUCCAACCACGAGAUUAUACUUGCGCACCCUCUCCCAACAUCAACGGCUGUUCUAACCAGGCUCUUGCACUAUCGAAUAGGGAGGAGACGGAGACCUUCCAUGUCCUCUUCGAACGCGCCGUCCCCAUCGCAUCUGGAUUAAUGGACCUUAGCCACGACCCGGCUCGAGCAGAAACCUAUGAGGCUAUUAUGCACUACACAGUGGAGACCAGACGCUUACUGCUCCAUGCAUCAGAAGCACUACGAAUAUCCCACCCGACGACCAGCGAGGCCCGGAAAGCCAUCAUGCUCGACAUUCUAUUCCGGCGGCUCCUCCUGUCCGUUCACCGUCCCUUUGCCCACGAUGAACGUGCUCCACUCCGCUAUCCUCUCUCGUACUGGACAUCCCUGGACUGCGCCCUCGCAAUUCUCGUCCACCAAAGGGACCUCUGGGGAGCUCCCCCGGACGACUCCUUGGUGAGCCGAUCUUUCGCCCGCCUCUUCUGGCCCGACUUCCUCGUUGCAGCCCUCACGUUAUCACUUUACCUGCUUCGAGCGGACUCGCCGCUUGAUCCACCGCCGAGCAGCCGGUAUGGUGGCAUGCCUGCGCGGGCCACGCUGCAAGAUGCGCUACGCUCGUGCAGGGAUAUCUGGCAAUUAGAGGAAGACAGGAAUAUCUGUCAUUCGCACGCAUUUAUAUUGAUUGAUCGUGUUGUGUCGGCUUUGGAGGAAACUGGGCGCGAUGGCGUACCGGCCUUGCACUGCGCUGAUGUCCAAAGUGCCAUUGAUGCAGUUGUCGCUGGGGUCCAAUGGGACGAUAUGCUGGUCAAAGUCGAUGUGUGA